AUGUCGACCCAGGUCCAAGCAUUGUAUGACUUCACGGGUGAGCCUGGCACCACAGAAAUGUCAAUAACUUGUGGUGAAAUAUUAACACUCAUUAAUACUGAAAUAGGCGAGGGCUGGUGGGAAGGGAGAAAUUCCAAAGGAGAAACUGGACUUUUUCCUGCAGCAUAUGUAAGAAAACUAGCCCCAGAAGAAUCAGAACUUACAAAGGCGGCACCAGCAGCCCCUCGAUAUGAUCAAGCUGCUGAUGAUUGGGGCGAUCAACAGUACAGUGCCGGCGAUAAUAACUACCAACGUGGCACUUCCCAUGAUGAUGGCUGGGAUGACGAUUGGGAUGAUGACACCUAUUCAGAAAUAGGACCCGCACAACAAAGUAAAACACAUCACAAUCAACAAGCUCCACUUGCACCUCUUCCUGGUAUGCCUAUCAAUGAUUACAAUCAGCAUAUCGAUGAAACAACUUCAAACUUUGGAUCAACUGUAGGAACGGUUAGAAAAAGCAAGUUUGCCCCUUCGUCAAAAGUUAGUGGAGAAAGUUAUCUUCUUGGUACCCUUAAUGUAGAGGUACCAGAAACAGACAAAGUUUACAUAAUCCAAGAUGAAGAAGGGUAUAUUUGGUCACCCCUCUCACAGCCAUAUUCUGUGACUGUAGCAUCUCCUAAAAAAGAGUCCAAAUUCAAAGGAAUUAAAAGCUUUAUUGCAUAUCAGUUAACACCAUCUUUUAAUAACAUACAAGUGUCUAGAAGAUAUAAACAUUUUGAUUGGCUGCAUGAGAGACUACAGGAAAAAUUUACACUAAUACCCAUACCACCUUUGCCAGAUAAACAGAUAUCAGGACGUUAUGAUGAACAACUCAUUGAGCGCAGAAGAGUCCAACUCCAGGAAUUUGUUGACUGGAUGUGUAGACACCCAGUUUUAUCAAAAAGUGAAGUAUGGCAACAUUUUUUAACAUGCACUGAUGAAAAGAGAUGGAAAGCUGGCAAGAGACAAGCUGAAAGAGACAAUUUAUUAGGUCUUAAUUAUUGUAUAUCAUUAGUUGUACCUGAAAAAGCUUUAUUACAAUCACAAGUCGAUCACAUCACUGAUCAGUGUGGCACUUUCGUUAGUAGUAUGGAUACAUCUGUCAAAUCUGUAUCAAAUAUGUGUGUUGCACAGACCAAGAGAUUCCAAGGCCCAUAUAAAACGGACUGUCAAAAAGUAGGUGAAGCUUUUUACAACUUAGGAAAUGCUCUUAGCUUAGAUGAAGGCACUAUAGUUUCAACAUCUAAACUAACAUCUGCCAUAAAACAAACGGGGGGAGCUUAUAUAGAAAUUGGCCGUAUGUAUGAUGAGCAGCCUAAGUAUGACUGGGAGCCGUUAGGUGACAAGUUCCAUUUAUACAAAGGCAUUGUGGGCAGUUUCCCUGAUGUUCUAGGAAAUCACAAGGCAGCAGUUCAGAAAAAGAGAGAGUGUGAGAGACUAACAGCUGAGCAUAAAAUGGAAAUCGCUCAAUUGAAUGAAGUCCUAAGAAGAACUGAUGUCAUAUCUUAUGCACUUCUUGCCGAAAUUAACCAUUUCAAAGCCGAAAGAACUGCCGACUUAAAAGCAACAAUGCAGAAAUUCCUACGACAGCAGAUAACAUUCUACAAAAAGGUUGUGGACAAGUUGGAAGUAACUCUUCGACAAUAUGAUGAGUGA